GGCUAAAACCUCGGAGGCAACUUGCUGCAAUUCAGAUCAGAGCUCCGGCGAAGAUGGCAGCGAAUGUCCCGAAAGUCUUCACUGUGGAAACCCUAAGGUCUGCAGCGAAGCAGUCUCUCCGCCUACUCGUCGUCCCCGUCCGUCUCCGGCGGGCAAUCAAGAAAUAUCUCCGCGAGGAAGAUGAUCCGCACAUUAGGAAGAAGGUUCGGCAGCUGUCGGAAUCAUUCCAAGAGAUAAAGGACACGAAUCUGCAGUUACCUGAAAGCACGGCGAAGAGUCUAGCUGAUUGUAUGAACUCGGUGGAGACGAAGCGGUGGAAGAUACAGACCGUUUAUGGAGAUAGUGGUCUGCAGUACAGGGACGGUGAGACUGCUGCUUACAUUGCUUCUCGUAUGCCCGCUGUUUUCUCCGUCUGCUACAGAGUACUCAUUGAGAUUCGUCGAAGAAUACCGGAUUUUAGGCCUACAAGAGUGCUGGAUUUUGGUGCUGGCACUGGUUCAGGUUUCUGGGCGGUUCAAGAGGUUUGGCCAAAGUCUGUGGAGAGAGUAAACAUAGUUGAACCAUCUCAGUCAAUGCAGCGUGCAGGACGUAACUUGAUUCAGGGCCUCAAGGAUUUGCCUCUCAUCCAUGGGUAUACUAGCCUGCUAGCGCUUAGUAAAGAGAUCAACAAACAGUGUAAAGAGAUCAACGAAAAGUCCCAGAGGAAACAUGAUCUUGUCAUUGCUUCCUAUGUGUUAGGGGAGAUACCAUCUCUCAAAGACAGGAUUACUGUGGUUCGCCAGCUCUGGGACCUUACAGAUGAUCUCUUGGUUUUGGUUGAACCAGGAACGCCACACGGUGCUAAUAUUAUAUCUCAGAUGCGGUCACAUAUACUGUGGAUGGAGAAGAGGAAACUACGUAAACUGGAAAAUAAAAUGAAGAAAGCUGGAGCUGAGAAGGCAGUGCUCGAUCUCAAAUCUGGUGCGCAUAUUGUUGCUCCAUGCCCUCAUGAUGGAAAGUGCCCGCUUGAAAACACUGGAAAGUACUGCCAUUUUGUUCAGCGGUUGCAGAGAACUUCAUCUCAGCGUUCCUACAAGCGUACAAAAGGUGUUCCCCUACGCGGGUUCGAGGAUGAGAAGUUUUCUUUUGUAGUUUUCAGGAGAGGGCAGCGCCCACGGGAGUUGUGGCCUCUUGAUGGUAUGAAGUUGGAGACAUUAAAGGAGAGACGCUCAAAUAAGAAACCUGAGGAUCUAGAGAUUGACUAUGAGGACUUUAUCAAAUCACAGGUGGUUGAAGUGCCUUACAUUAAUCCAAGAGCAUAUGACUCUGAUACCAUGGAUGAGGAGGAAGAACAAGAAGACGGUGAAGGUACUGAUGAGGAUGUGGAAGACACAACUGACACAACUGAAGAGGGAGACCAAGAGGAAGAGGAGAGUGAGAGAGCGUGUGUGGGAGGCGGAUGGGGAAGAAUCAUUUUCCCUCCAUUCCGCAAAGGGAAACAAGUGACGUUGGAUAUGUGUGUGCCAACCAAAGAGGACGGUUCAGAGGGAGCAUUUGAAAGGAGAGUGAUAACAAAAAGCAAGAACCCGGACCUUCAUUUGCAAGCCAAGAAAUCCUUUUGGGGAGACUUAUGGCCUCUCACGACUCAACAAGAAAGUGGGAAAGAGAAGCAAGUUGAUGCUGAGUGGUGUCGCCCAGAUCAAGACCAGAAAUGGGGAGCCUGGCCUUAGCUAUAGCCUUAGCGUAAGUGUUAAGGAUUCAUCAUCAUCCAUAUACAAUUCUGAGUUGGGCAAGUGGUAAAAUAGUUUUCCAUGGAGAGACACUGGAGAUCUGUAGUUACAAUUAUAAUGAUUUUGGAAAACUGUAAUAACACUUUCUGGCCUAGGGCACAACAACACAUAAUCACACCGGCCUUCUAAUUGCCAAUAACAUCUUCUGUUGUGUAAUGUGUAUACAUAUUAUACU